GGGGGAAUGCUGAGCGCGCGCGAGAACAAUAAUAAGAUCGUGUUUGCGGUCGCUGCCCGAGGAGGAAUUCGGAGGAGGCGCGAGGCCCGGAGCUCGCACGGAACCCAGAAGCUCGGCGGGGAGGCGGCGGCUGCAUGAGGCUGGCGACGCGGCUCCUGUGAGCAGCGCGCGGCGGUAGCGGCGGCGUCGGGACUCGGCGCGGCCGGACGCGGGCUCCCAUCCCCCGCAGCCGGGCGGGGAUCUGCGGGGCCUGCGGUGCCCCCCGCCCACCGCUCGCCUCGGCCACUGCCUCGCCGCUCUCCCUCGUCGGAGCGGCCGCUCGAGCGUUCGGCUCGAGGCCCCGCGGGGAGCGCGGCGCGGUUCCGUCGUCCCGCGGAGGGGCGGCCUCCCAGCAUCUUCGCGGCGGCCAAGGACCGGCGAGCAGGAGAACGACCGGGAUGGCGCGUCCGCGGCCCCGCGAGUACAAAGCGGGAGACCUGGUCUUCGCCAAGAUGAAGGGCUACCCGCACUGGCCCGCCCGGAUUGAUGAACUCCCAGAGGGAGCUGUGAAGCCUCCAGCAAACAAGUACCCUAUCUUCUUUUUUGGUACCCAUGAAACUGCAUUUCUAGGUCCUAAAGACCUUUUCCCAUAUAAGGAAUACAAAGACAAGUUUGGAAAGUCAAACAAACGGAAAGGAUUUAAUGAAGGAUUAUGGGAAAUUGAAAAUAAUCCAGGAGUGAAAUUUACUGGGUACCAGACAAUUCAGCAACAGAGCUCUUCAGAAACUGAGGGAGAAGGUGGAAAUACUGCAGAUGCAAGCAGUGAGGAAGAAGGUGAUAGAGUAGAAGAUGGAAAAGGCAAAAGAAAGAAUGAAAAAGGAGGCUCAAAACGGAAAAAGUCCUACACGUCAAAGAAGUCUUCUAAACAGUCCCGGAAAUCUCCAGGAGACGAAGAUGAUAAAGACUGCAAAGAAGAGGAGAACAAAAGCAGCUCUGAGGGCGGAGACGCUGGCAAUGACACGAGAAACACGACUGCAGACUUGCAGAAAGCCGGUGAAGGGACCUAACUACCGUAAUGAAUGCUGCAUAUUGAGAGACACCACAAGAAGGUUAACUGUUUGAUUGUCUAAUUCUUGGAUUUGGAUUUGAUAUGAACCAACGGUCUUUGUUGUCAUUGACAGAGCCCCAGUAUGUGUGUGCAUUAGUCACAUUCCUCUCUGUUCUGUUGAAGGAAAAAGAGACAUUUUAACCCUUUUAAGGUUGACUUUAUUUUAUGUUAUUUGGUUGCAUGAAGUUGCCCUUAAUCACUAAGAAUGAUGAAGAUUUUGCAGACUUCUCUGUGUCUAGGCUCCUUUUCCAAGUCAUCAGCUUCCUGCCUCUCUCCCACCAUCAUCAGAUACUCAGCUAAACAGUAAUUCAUAUUGUUAGGUGACUGCUCAACAUAAUACUUCAGGAUGGGAUUUUCUUUGUAGCAGAACCCAAGAACCAACUCCUAGAUACAUACUGUUGGUGUAUUGGAGAUGAAGUUAGAGUCAUCUUUCAGUUUUAAGGCCAUGUGUAAAGUUUAACCAUAUGUACAAUACCUAUUCUGUAUUAGAAAUAGCUAGUUGAAACUUAAUACUUCUCAAAACUCAUGUUCCUGUGUCCACAAACUAAGUUUAUAUGUGAACUUACUGAGUCUUUUUGUGUCAUACCAAAAUAAAGCAAGGACUUAUUUUUUUUCCCAAAGCCAAUACAAUUUGAGCCAAUCCCUCAAGAUGGUCACUUUACACUGAAAGCUGAGCUCAGCAGGAGCACUGUGGGAAACAAAGCAUUGACUCUUGAGUACAGAGUUUAAAAUAGACUUUUCUUUUAGAACUAGAAUUAGAGUAGUUAACGUUCAUCCGCCAACCAUUGUUACGUGUGCAUUACUGUCGCUCUUGUGGUGAUAGAGUCUUAUUUAUUUUUAUGCCAGCUUAUACUGUGAGAACUCAUUAGUCAGUUUGGGUCUCAUCAACCCUGCUAUGCUUGUCCUUGGAAGAUCUUUUGUGUGUGUUUGAGGUUUGUAGCUGAGAAGUUUACUGUAAAAAAAAAAAAUCAAAAACAAAAAAAUGUAUUGUUUUUACAGAAUAAAUUUAUUGGAAUGUGUACUGGGAGUAAGGUUUGAGGUUAUAAACAGCCGAGUUAGUGUUAUUUGGCUUCAUAUGUGUAAUGUGAAGUAUUAAUGUGUUUCUUGUAUUAUAGCAAAGAUUGACAGCAAAUUGACAUUAGAAUUAAGUGCAGGUGAAAAUUUUAUUUUUUCUAUCAUGUUUCUUUUUAAGUAUUCUGGAUGUUAGGUUAAGUGAAAGCCGUGGGGGGACAGGAGGGAGCAACAGCAGGAGCUGCAGCAGCAGGGGCUGUCUGCACGUCUGCGACAGCCCAGCUCAGGGGACCCUGCAUUUACACACAGCCUUCCGUGCAUCCAGUUUGCUUUUGGUGUUCUUACUGUGUUGAAGAACUAAUGAACGUGAAGAGAAAAUAGAAGAAGACCUAAGAGCCCAGUGUCGUUGUGAAGAUGGAGGUGAUGUGGGGCUCUGGAUGCACUGGUCUACUCACCCCUCCCUCCAGGACAUCACUGUCCUUUGGGCUUGCUCCUGCCGGUUAGCAAUCAGUGGUCCCCUGUUGUGCUCACGCAGUUCCAUGUAUGGAAAAUUCAUUAAGAGACAGGCUGUUAAGUCAGGGUUUUUUCUUUAAAAGGUACUUUUUAAUUUUAAAUAUUUUAGUUUAAAAUAAUGAAAUUUGACAAAAGAUCUCUUCAUUAUCAUGCAAAACAUAUGGAGAAUGUAGAUAGCAUUUUUAAAUUGGAACAUAUAACAAAGGUUUUUUUGUUUGUUUGUUUGUUUGAGGCAGGGUUUCUCUGUGUAGCCCUGAUUAUCCUGGAACUCACUCUGUAGACCAGGCUAGCCUGGAACUCAAAAGAUCAGCCUGUCUCUGAAUCCCAAGUGCAAGGAUUAAAGGCGUGUGCUACCACUACCUGGCACAGAUUUCUUAAAUAAAAAGUUCAAAAUUUGUCAUGAAAAUGUAUAUAUAAAAUGCUUCAAAAUUAAUAAAGUUUAUCUUCAUAAACACCAAAAAUAAUUUUAUUGAAGGUAUACACAGUAUUGAAGGUAUACACAGAAACACAAGAGAAAUAUUAUCAACCAAUAAAACAAGUGUUCAUUAAGGCAACUAAUAAAGUUGAUUUGUGUCAUCUUAGCUAUUCAAAUUCACAAUAGAAGUUUUGACAGCAAUUUUUAAAAUGGCAAUAAAUAAUAUGCUUUCCUUGUGAAAACACUUGAAUCAAUUUAAAAAUAUUGUGAUGAUCUGGCAUUUAUAUUAAGAUUGUCAACAACUCAUACAUUUCAUAUGAAGCCAUUUCUCCAACCUGCAAUUGCUGUUUUGAAUUAUUUCUUAUGCAUAGUAUGGUUAGUUACUUCUGAAUAGUUUCAUUUUUAUGCUUUUUGUAGGCACUAGAGUUGUAAUUUUCACACAUACUAUGUGCAAACAAUGCUAAAAUCAAUGGUCACAUUCAUAGACAAAUGGUGAUAUAUUUCCUUAAAAAAGCUGUUUCUCAACUUUAAUUUUCUUUCAAAACUGAGAAUAUACCCAGAUACUACCCUUAGUUUCACUCACAUGUAUGCUGCAGAACAAGUGUGUUCUUGUGAGUAUUCCUGUAUGGAGGGGAUAAAGGAGAGCGCCAGUCCCAUUAACAGGUCAGAGAGAACUGUGAGGUAUGUUUGUUUAUUCCAACUUCUCAUCUGCCUUAGUUCUUAGGAAGAACUCGGGAUUGUAGGUACAACGGUAGGCCAAGAGCUGAGGAAGAACUCCAUAUGCUAUGUUUAGUGCUAGAAAAAAGAUUUUCGCUUCUUCGGGGACUCUGUAGACAUAAGCAGUUCUAGCAUGAAGGGACGCACCAAUGUGAGAAAACUGAGCCUGUUUAUAUUAAAACAAAACAAAAAAACAGUAAGGAUGAGCUCUGUUCACUUGGAUUAAUGAUGAAUUCUGAGUGUCUCAUUCAGACCAUGUGCCCUCAAAACCUGUCUUAAAGGCAAAAUACCUUUAGGUAAUCCAGUCUUAAUAUAUAAUCUUUCACUAAAUUUAAGGUUGUUCUUGAUAUAAGUAUUCAAAUAAUGUAUCCUUCUUAAAGUGUGAUUUUAUUAUUCCAGUUGUGUAUUUUUAACCUAUCCUGUGCCAAAUAACAAACAAUACUGGCUCAAUUCAACAACAACAACAACAAAAUCUCCCCCUCUUUCUAAUUUGAAUCUUAGGAACACUAACUAUAUAGACACUCAGCAAGGUCUCACAAAUUGGGUUUGAAUUACAAAUGAAGUUGGGUUUUAACAUUUAAGCUGUAAUUAGUAUGAGGAGCUACUUUAGAGAGAAGCACUAAGGGUCUCAGACCAACCACUGGAUGCCAGAGCUCAGAGACCAUCACAUGUACUGCUUAUUCAUCCGUGUGUUUGGUUUUAUGUAACUUAAUAGCACUAUGAUUGUUUGUAAGGUAAGCUUGUUAAUAGCUUGGCUGUGGAUAGCAAUAUGAUUAUAAAAUGGCAAAUAUAUACACAGGCAGCCUUUCCAAAUCAGACUGAAAUCUACUUAGAAUUGUGACUGGUCAGCAUGUUUGAAGUUUCAGAACAGAACAGCAAGGGCUCCCUCUGUUUACAUGGGAUAGUUUAUAAACUAUUCAGAAUGUGCCAGUUGAAUUUUGCUUGGCUCAUUUGUUUUUUGUACUUUUCAUAAGCACAGAGAAAAACUAUUAGAAAAGUAAUACAGGCCAUAGCAGAAUUGAAAACCGACAGAGUAUUUUUCUCAGAAAACUUGUUAUUAUAAAAUGCAAACCCCAAGUCUGCACUUUUAUGUUUGCCUGAAAUUCAAGAUACACAGAAAUAAAGACUAAAGAUUUAAAUGUAGUUAAAUGGCAGAUUAUCAGUAUACUAUGAUCAAAGUGAGACGAUAAAGGAUCCUGCAAUCUAAAGAGACAGAAGUAACAGUGAAUCACUAGAGAGUGUGUUCUUAAUGUAUUGUUACCUUAUAUGUCCUUCCAUAUGAUCAAUUGAGAGUGCUAAGUGCUAACAGAUAAAAGUGCUACUUGGCAUUUGAUGUGACCUUGGCAAAGAAAAGAGCAUGUUUAGGAAUUUGUAUAAAUGGCAGAUAUUUUAAUGGGCUACAAUUUAUAAAUUACUGAUAUAUUCCGGAUACUUUUACUACUCUGGAAAUAAAAAUUAAAUUCCUGAUGUGUGUUGACAAGGACCAACAAGUGGCUUACCCACACUGUGAUUCUCCUCGGGCACUGAGAAGGUUCUGCCCGCAGACACACUCCCUAGGGCACAAAGCCAAAGGCCCAGCAAAUGAGUGCAUCUCAAGGCUACACAGACAGAGUCCUUGAGAAUAAAGGGCACUUUGGAAGCUGCCCAGAAGAGACACUGCUGUGAACAGUCUGGGGACUCUGGCAGAAGCCUUGACUCCUGACACUUGUUCUCUGGGCCCUGCUUUAGCUGUUUUUUUGAACAUACAACAAUUUUCUUCUGGACUAGAGGCCAGUUUUGAACCCUGGUUUUGUCAGACUUGUGGGUUUAGUGAUUCUAUCCUUAGAGAUUAUUGUGCUCAUCAUAAAAUGACAGAAAAAUACUACCCACAAUUCCCAAGAAUAAGUAACAUGAGCAGCUGGGUGUACCUAUAUAGGUAAACCUGUAUGAAAGGUCAGUGAUUGUGUGGGCCCUUCUCUGCACUGAACAGUGCAGUUAAUACCUCAUUCUCGUGAACAGGAAGGUCAUGACAACAUUCAAAAAAAUGAUGCGUCCUUAGAUUAGAUUGUACGCCCACUGGGCAGAUACUGUGUCUAAUGUUUUGUGUGGCACCUAUCACGUUGUUAGAGUUCAAUAAACAUUCAAC